UCUCGAUUUAAUAAAUUCGUGAGACGCUGCUUUCUUAAAACCGAUUCCUAGCUGCUCUUCUGUUUAUUUAUUAACUUAAUGUUAUUUUUUUAACGUAAUAAUCAUGUUAUCAACAGGAUUAUGCUACUUUUAAUGUCAAGCUCAACAAGACUGCUCACAAAUUGAAUUUAACACGCGCACGCGGCAAAUCGUACCGAUUUAUGUGGAAACGAGGGUGAUUACAGUUUUGAAAACAGCGCGACGAAUCAGCGAUCGAGCGGAGUUCAUUACGGCCAACUUCACUUCUCCCGUUCACGCGUGCGUCCUGCCUUAGUGAUGAAUCUAGUAAUUUUCUCGCGCAGGUAAUUCGCGAUGCGCGCUUCCUCCCGCGCCGCGCCGCGGCGCCGGUCGCGAGAACGCGGCUUUCGGUCGCGGCAGCGCCGUUCGGGCGGAGUCGGGCGCGCCUUCGGUGACGGUGACUGAUGUCACGGCGCAAGAUGGCCGCUAGUAUCGGUAAUGGUGUAGCGUAGACGAGGCUGGGCGGUAGAAACGAAUCCCGGAGAGUAGGUGUGUCGGUGUUGCGGCGUCGCGCGCGAGGUAACACGCCGUCGGGAUAAUGCCCAGCCGCGUCGUCGUCUUCGUCGUCGUCACCGCAGGCUGAGCACGGAAUCACGGCACCGCGGGCAGCGCAGUGCUCGUCGUACGAAUCGUAUGUACGAAUCGGCGCCGCGUCCCGUCCACUCUUUCUCUCACUCUGUGUCUCUCGCUCUCUCUCUCUUCCUCUCUCAUUCAUUCUCUUUCCUUCUCUCCCGUCACCGCUGGUGAUAAGGAAGUCGCGAGAUCUCGAGCGAUUUACGUCGAAGGCUCGCUCGCCCGCCGAUCUCCGUAACGCGUUACAUCUCGCCGUGAAUCGCAGCGGAGAGGAAGGAACGAUGCGCUGAAAGAUCUUGGCGAGAGAGCGAGGAUACGAGGUGGCGCCGGCUCUCCUCCGAGCGAUAAGCACGCUUCGCGGGUGGCAUCGGGCUCCGGGCGGGCGGCCACCGGGCCACUCGAAAGCCCGAUCGAAAGUCGCGACACUGAGCGAGAAAAGAGAGCGAGCAGCGAGAUGCCCGCCGGGGUGGGAGACUACUCUCGCCGUCUCUCUUUCUCGUCGUGAGUGCUUUGCGGAAUUGGCCGGGGCGCAUUCGACACCACUACUGCUACUGCUAAUAUUACAUUGCAACGCUACUACUACUACUACUACUACUAGUACUACUAUUAUUCACAUAGUAGCGAGCGAUCAAACCGGCGUUUCGAUAGCCCGGGCAGGAAUCGAGAAGAGAAGAAAGUGGAAAGGUGACAGAAUAAUAUUGUGUCGCGAAAAGAAAGAGAGAGAAGAGGACGGAUUUCCGUUUCGGAAGAAGGUAAAACCGCGAGACAGGAAGAACAGGGGGAGCGAACGCUGUUGCGUCCCGAAUAUGAGACUGACGUGUCUUUUAGAAGAGAAAGAUCACGCGAGAGGGAAGAUUCACGAGAGCGGUUUGUAGCGAUAGCGUUCCCUUCGAGAACGAACAAUCGAUCGUGCGCAAGGUUACAUUUCGAGGUGUCAUCCACGAGGACGAGAAGAGGGAUAAGCACGAGGAUAAGGAUAGGAGUGACGUUUAGUUCCUGCGGCCCUGGUGAUCGAUUUUUUUCGGGAACAAAAAAGCCAGGAGGCUCAAUGUGCUGUUCGCGUGUAUCGAUCGAUCUAUCGCGCCGCCACGCGCGAACCGUUUAAACCGAGAUCGAGCGGUGGACCCAUUGAUUUCGUCGAAUCGGGCACGAAACGUGACGUAGUUUCUCAUAUUGGAGCGUACUUGGCUCGGAGGCUGUUAUUGUGUCGCGAAAUCUCAGAAUCGGCUAUUGUGCAGGAAUCUGGAGGCGCAGGGACGAAGGAGCAGGCUCGCGGAUUCCUAGAGUGGCCGGACAUUUAAUAGGAAGGAAGGAAGGAUAGACGGGGCCGAUAAGAUAAGCGACGGCUUUUGGAUUCGACUAAUUACACGCCGCGAUCGGGAAACGUCAACUGCAGAGGAAAUCACGGCAGUAAAUCGGCGCGGAGCGAUCACGUGGAAGCCUUCGAGGGAAAUCAAAGCGCAGCUCCUCCGUCGCGGCUUCGUUUCCAGCUCGACUCGGUUCGGGAGAUCGAAGAAUCGAGAUCGCUGAACAGACAUUCGUCGCGAACGCCCCGAGACGAUAAACCGGCGAAUCAAUCGAGCGAUCGCCGAUCGAAUGCAAUUCUGCGGAAUCAUCGUUCGCAUCCGAUUCGCUGCACGUGGUUUCGCGGAAACUGAAGAAGGCCGAUCACGCAAGUGUCGCGACGCUGUAUAAUCCACGACGAUUAGGAGCGUGUCGCAACCAAGAGAAUCGGGAUUAUCCAGAAGACUGCGGAGAGAAACUGAACUUGGUGGACGCGAAUUUGACUGGGUCGAAUCCUGCGGCGAUUAUCGUCAAUUUCAUCCAAAUUGUACGACAUUCGACGGGAUCUGCUGACAGGAUUUGCUUCGGACGGUCGACGCGUGGAUGUCGUUGGGGCCGUGUCGUGCGGGGAAAGUGCGUGCGCGAGGAAAACGCAAAGCGAGCGACAAAAUGACUAAGUGAGGAAUCGCGAGCGGAUAGAGCGUGACGAAACGAUCGAACGAGCGAGGGCGAGAACGAACAAGAAAGAAAGAGAAAGAGAGAGGAAGACAAGGAAGAUAAACGGUGGGACUGCAGGGGAACGAAGUAAGCUCGAUCGGGAAAGGGAUUGCAGAUCCUGAGGAGCGCGCAGGAGAAAUCCCGGUGUUCACUUAUCCUUGCCUCGUCUCGCUUCGCCUUCUGCAUUUCUUUCCUCGUCGUCGUCGGUGCCCGCCCCCUGCCUGUGCACGUGUAUGCAUGUGUGCUGCGUAUGUGUCGCGUGCACACCUGUACGGUCUCUCCACGUGUGUCGCGUGUCACGCGAUAUGAGCGGCGCGCGUGCCGCUCGCUGCGACGCUGCGUGCGUGCGAUCCGCCGGUGAUUUCCUCGCGGUUCCGGUGCGGGCGGCGUGAAUAUAUCACGGCGGAAUUAAUAUAAUAAUCACCUGACGGAGCGGCCGCGCCGUGACAGCUACUACCAACUACAGCGCGCAAAAAUGUGGAAUAUGAUGUGCGACGUGAUGCCGACGAUCGCGGAAGACAGCAUGAGCCAGCGGAGCUCGCAGUUCUCCGGCGAGGACGGCAACUUUGAGCAGCUGAUGGUGCAGAUGCUGGACGAGCGCGACAAGAUGAUGGAGUCGAUGCGGGAACACCAGGAGCGGCUGCAGGAGAUGGAGGCGCGGCUGGCGGAGGUGGAGAAGGAGCGGGACGCCCUGAACCGCCAGCUGAACGCGAAUAUUCCACAAGAAUUUUCGCAGCUGACCAAAGAAUUGGCGGCGGCACGGGAAACCGUCCUGGAGAAAGAGGAAGAGAUUUCCGAGCUAAAGGCGGAACGAAACAACACACGCCUCUUGUUGGAACAUCUGGAAUGUUUAGUAUCGCGACACGAACGGUCACUCAGGAUGACGGUUGUGAAACGUCAAGCCGCUGCCCAGUCCGGCGUGUCGUCCGAGGUAGAGGUGCUCAAAGCAUUGAAAAGCCUCUUCGAGCACCACAAGGCUUUAGACGAGAAGGUACGUGAACGUUUGCGCGUGGCCCUCGAAAGAAAUACGAGUCUCGAAGAGGAACUGGCCCAUACCAAAGAGGAACUCCAGCAGUAUAAGAUAACCGGGCAUCCGGCAAAAGCCAUCGAAGACAGACCAAAAGAGAACGGGCAGCCGGACGAAGGUCAGCAACAGAAUAAGAAUGAGACUGAGCAGGCAGUAAGCCAGCAGCAACUGCAGCAACAGCAACACCAGUCGCAACAGCAACAACAACAACUGCAACCGGUACAAAAGCCAGGUACGGAGAAGUCCGCUGAAGUCGGCAGUAGACUGAGCAAUGGGAGUCUCGAUCCGGCAGAACAGGACUCAGCAAUACGAGUAAUAGACUUGCAGGCCACUCUCGACAAGCAGAGCUCGGAACUAAGUACGUGGCAACGACGGGUAGCGGAGCUGGGCGGGCGUAUCGCCGAGUUAGAGGAAACGCUGUCGAAAACGCAAAAAGAUCUCCUCAAGGCUCAAGAAACGGGCCUGAAGCUGCAACGAGAUCUGCGAGAGAACGCGGCGCAGAAGGAGGAUCAAGAAGAACGGAUAGCGACUUUAGAGAAACGAUAUCUCAAUGCUCAACGAGAGUCCACUAGUCUUCACGACCUCAAUGAGAAAUUGGAGCAGGAGUUGCAGCACAAGAAAGCUCAGCUGAAGCUUCAAGAAGAGAAGAUCGCGGCCAUACAAGAGAAACUAGAACUCGCGGAGCAGAAAUUAGCUCAAUACGCUAAGUUACCAGAAAUGGAAGAACAAUUGAAGCAGAGGAUGGAGGCACUGACGCAGGUGAGGAGGCCCAACCAGCAGGCUCAGGAAAGGCAUGGUAGCGCGGAGGAUAGAAUUCAAAGAUUGGAGGCACAAUUGGAAGAAAAGAAUGCAGAAGUGAUGCGUGUUAACCAACGGCUUAAAAUGAAUGAGGAGCAUAACACGCGUCUUAGUACAACCGUCGAUAAACUUCUGUCUGAAUCUAACGAAAGAUUGCAAGUUCACUUGCAAGAAAGGAUGCACGCCUUAGAAGAGAAGAACGCGCUUACUCAGGAACUCGAGAAAACGAGGAAAGUAGCGGAGGAUCUGCAAAACGAGAAGGCGAACAUCAUUAAGGACCUAGGGAAGGCACGUUUGGAGAUCGAUAACAUUAAAAGACAGAUGUAUCAGCAGGAAAUCGCAUUUAAUAUUCAGCAGACAGACGCGUUGACGAGAAGUCUGUCUCCGAACGCUGUAGAUCCAGGCUCGUUCUCGAGAAGCGCAAGUCACAGUAGCUUCGACACGCACUCCUUACCUAGACGGGGAGGUAAACGGUCUAUCGAGGAAGAUUCGUCGAAGAGCUACGCACGGACUUUGACGGAGCAGGAGUGGGAAAAGCUGCAACAAGCACACGUGCUCGCUAACGUUCAACAAGCUUUCGACGUCUCGAGUGACGCGGAGGGCGAUGGAGAUAACGAAAGUAUCUUCAGUUGCGCGGGUGAUGUAAUUAGCCCCACCGGGCAUACGGAUGCUCAAACCCUGGCAAUGAUGCUGCAAGAGCAGCUAGAUGCCAUUAAUAAAGAAAUUCGAUUAAUUCAGGAAGAAAAACAGACUACGGAAGCGCGCGCGGAGGAAUUGGAGUCUCGCGUCGGCAGUCUCGAACAUAUGAAUCUGUUAGUGAGAGGUCGCAGUCUCGAACGGGCAUCGCCGCCGCUCAGCGGACGAUCCACUCCAAAAUCGCAUCACAGUCCAAACAGAGAUUAUUUGCAUAAAUACCACACCGUUAGUAAUCACGCACCUGCAUCAAUGUCUCCGGCGCAUUUACAUCAAUAUGCCGCUUCCUUGGUUAGUCCGGGUCAACUGUCGGAAUCUCUUCCCGCUAGUCAGUUGCAGUUGUCAGGCGAAGAGUUACACUCGGUUAGCGAAAGAGAUAGUACCGGCGCUCCUGGGAGCGGUAGCGACGCGGCUUCACCCUUAACAGCCAGGUCCUUGAGGUUGGAACGAGUUGUUCAAGCGUUAGCUCACAGUCAGGAGGAACUUAGAAGACGUACCGGACAGAGCGGAUUUCCAAGCAGUGGUUUCCCCACAUACAGCAGGCAUGGGCAGCAUAACAACGGCGCACUCAAUUCUGGAACUCCUCCUUCCCCAUUGUCCUCACGACACAGCAGCCAGGACAGUUUACACAAAAACAACUUUUCCGGUGUUGGACUGCCUAUCGGACAAUUGUCAUCGUCGCAUUUGCACAUACAAGCGACCAUGAGUCCCGCUACGGCAGCUGCGGUUGCAGCUGCACAGAAAAAGAAAGGCAUUAAGAGCAGCCUUGGGAGAUUUUUCAGUAAAAAGGAAAAGAUCAAGGGAAAAGAUACACCGAUGCCGGGAGACGUACCGGGUAUGGGAGGCAUGGUGUGCACACCAGCCGAUCCUGAUUAUGGGGACAGCGUGUCCGUGGCGGGUACACUUGGAAGCAAGAGCGAUUUCGAUCGCAGGAAAAAGAAGAGCAUGCUAGACUCAUCGCGGCACGAGCUGCUAGCGGAAGCGAUGAAAGCUGGAACACCCUUCGCUCUGUGGAACGGACCAACGGUAGUCGCGUGGUUGGAGCUUUGGGUCGGUAUGCCGACGUGGUACGUCGCUGCCUGCCGAGCGAACGUCAAGAGUGGUGCUAUCAUGAGUGCUCUUAGCGAUACCGAGAUUCAACGCGAAAUUGGUAUAAGCAAUCCUCUGCACCGAUUAAAGCUGCGACUAGCGAUCCAGGAGAUGGUGUCACUCACGAGCCCGUCAGCGCCAAAAACUUCUCGCACAACAUUAGCAUUUGGUGAUAUGAAUCACGAGUGGAUAGGUAAUGUCUGGUUACCGAGCCUCGGACUGCCGCAGUACCGGUCCACCUUCAUGGAGUGCCUUGUUGAUGCUAGAAUGCUCGAUCAUCUCACGAAAAAAGAUCUUCGUGGUCAACUGAGAAUGGUUGACAGCUUCCAUAGAACGAGUUUACAGUACGGCAUUUCCUGUCUAAAGCGACUAAAUUACGAUAGGCAGCAGUUGGAGGAGAGAAGACGAGUGGCAGAAGGUGCCAAUAUAGACGUACUGGUAUGGAGUAACGAUCGCGUUAUAAGAUGGGUACAGUCGAUCGGUUUGAAGGAAUAUGGGAACAACCUUCUGGAAUCAGGUGUGCACGGCGCACUUAUAGCUCUGGACGAAAGUUUCGAUGCGAAUAGUUUUGCGUUGACUUUACAAAUCCCCACGCAGAACACGCAGGCGAGACAAGUGCUAGAGAUGGAAUUCUCGAAUCUGCUGGCGGUGGCGACGGAGAGGCGAUUGGACGAGAACAGUAGCAUGAAAUCCUGAUCCACUUCGUCGAGUAGGUUGCCUCAUAUUCAUCCGCAUCAUGUCUAGUCCAAAACCCCAGCUAUCACUACUAUCUAUGCGCAAGUGUGUUGUAAAAGUUGUAAGAGCUUUAAGUAUCACGCUAGGAGUAUCUACGUAUUGUUACGACAAAUGUGACAUUGGAGUAAUACUGGAGUGUUUUUUGACAUAAAAAAGCUGUUAAGAUAAGCUUAUGCGAGAUACGUUCGUUCGGUACUAGGGAUCCAUCCGAUCGAUUUUUAUGUCGCGCGAUUCAUGCGUCAUAGAUACCUUGACGAGGUACAAGGUAGUUAUUCCGAACAAUUUUUUCAUAUAGAUAUCGAAAUGUAGCAGGCAGUCGUUGGAUUAUUACUAUUAUUAAGACGACAUGGCGAUGUAUAGCAAAUCCUUGAAAGCCCUUGAAAGUAUCAGUUGCAGACGAUUACGACAAUAAUUCUCCCUGAGUUAGCUUGAUUUGUUUGUAAAGGUGUUAAUAAUCCACAGUAUCAGUAUUAUGACGUCGCGCAGUAGACUGUAUUUGUUAUACGACUCUACCUUAUCGCAUUCGUGUGAAACAACGUGUACUUAUUCACUUAUUAAAAGCAUCCUAAGGUUCUCAAACAGGUGAAUCUGUCGAAAUUUACUUGGAUGGAUGUACGGAUUUUGCAGAUGUCUGCUACAAAUUUCGUUAGCAGGAUGCCAACCAGAAAUCUAAUCUGAAAUGUGUUAUUAAAAUUCGGCGAUGGAUUGGCGGCAGGCACCAGGUAAAUCUGUCGUUUCGUAACAAUUAAAAAUGGUAUGCAUUCUAUUUUAAUGAUCACGAAGCGACAGCUUUCCCCUCGGUUUCGGUUGCGAGUCCACUGUCAGAUUACACCAGAAUUAUGGUAGAACAGGAGCUUCAGUGCGGAUAUAAUUGAUGCCAAUUUACUCGGACAUUCUGGUCGAAUCUGCUGUCGAAAAUGCAUACUGCUAACAUUUCGCUUACUAGAUUAAUACUUGUACCGCACAAAAACGUAAUAUGAAAAGGUUGGAAUUUAAGAUAUCGUUGCUUUUGAGGAAAUCGUCGACAUACAAGGUAUUCUAUAACUUUAUAUAAUAUUAUAAGGUUACAUAUAUAAAAUAAGUAACUUUUAACGUAACUGGUGAUACGACCGCGAAGGUAAUUUAAUUCUAAAUUUGUACAUCUAAUAUAUAUCUAAUAUACUUAUCUAAUAUUUAUACAUCUAAUAAAUCCAUACGUGAAAAUAAAGUCAAAGAUGUAAAUUUUUAUAGUGGGAGUGGUUGGUUUUCGAAAAAAACGAUUUAAAAAAUUGAGAAAAUUGAGAAUAAUGCCUUCCAUCUUAGACUUGGAUUAAUUUUUCGAUAAUCUUUAUAAUAAUCAUGCGGUUUAUUGAACUUUGAUUCAUCUAUUAUAAAUAAAAAUAUAUAUUACAUUCAUCUAUUAUAAAUAAAAAUUAUGACUUCAUUUUAAAAAAAAUAAAGAGAGAUGUGCUUAAUGUUUUGCAUACAAUUCUCAGUACUUUAAACUGUGCAUUUCCAAUCAUCAUCGAUUUUUCAAUUUCAUUUCUAAGAAUUAUUCUUUUAAUCAUUAUAUUUUUAUGGUUUUGACUUAAUCUUUCAUGUAAAAUAAGAUUUAAGAGAUAAUUAUCAGUAAUUAUACAUAAUAAUGACAAUUAAACACAAUUAAGUUAUUAAUCAUUAACUGCUUAUUGUUAAUGCAUCAUUAGACUCAUUAUCUUCCUGCUUGUACCAUCAGUUAUGAGACACUGUAUCAUAUGCCGAGGAGACUGCAUCCUAUGUUUCUGUAUCUAUAGAAUUGUUGUGUAACUUAAGAAAUUGUGCAUAGAAAUUACAUCAUUUGCAUCAUUACUUUUUACAAGCGGAGUUUCGGACUGCUCAUUUCUCACUAUUGUUUCGAUCAUUCUCAGAUAUGUUUAGGUCACACACGUUACAUUUUAAUGUAUUUCGCGACAUUACACGCGAGUGAAGAGAGUCGCUCGGGCGCGGUUGACUUGCUCGUUCUUCUCAUUUUCCGAAAAGAUUGUGGAUGGACAUUUUCUACUGCAUUUGUGAGGUACUUGCAAAUGGUUGUACAAUAUGUGUGUGUUAGUAAAUGUGUUAUUAAGAUUUAGACGACUCAAUUGCAAUUCGUAAAUCGGGCUACCGACCAAUUUUUACGUGACAUUCGUAGUGAUCCAUUGGGACUUAAUAUUUUACGUGCAAUGACCAGUAUCCGUUAUCGUAGAUGUUAUUACCGCUCUCUUACAUUGCGUCGGCAAGAAAGAAUUAUCUCGGAUACUUUUUCUAUUUUUAACUUCUCUAAGUAUAAAUGUAGCUCGUUGUUAAUAGAUUUCGUCAGUAGUUGAACAAUGCGAGAUGUACUAUAAAGUUGCAGCGAGGGAACCGUACGUACCGUGCGGAGAGGUGAAAUUGACUAUAACGAUGUUUAAGGCUACGCCCGUUUCGCGGCUAUAAUCGUAAAACAAAGAUAGGAGGAACGUUGCUGAAGACAAUGAUCGCGCGAUGGUAAUUAUUAUUGCCAAUUAGACAAACAUCACAUAAUAUAAAAGCUGAAGGUUCGGCGAAAGACUGAUGACAUUGAUGGUGAUUGUAAUAAUGAACUGAUCAAGAUAAAAAAAAGGGCGAUCACAUUAUAUAUAUAUAAAAAUAUAAAUAUAUAUAUAUAAAUAUAUAUAAUAUUUAAAUAAUGAUGUAAGUUAUAAAUGCUGAUGUUGUUAAUGUUGUUGAUACUUGAGCAAUCAUUGUUGUUGAUGUUUGUUUCCCAUGAACUAUAUACUCUCCAUGCAAGCUGUUUGUUUAAUGUAAGUUCCAUGGCUCUGCACGAUCUUCCGAACGGGUGUAAACGUACCAAAUACUUUUUACCAAAGAAUCAUUUUAUCGUGUAACGCAUCGAUCGCACGCAAGAGAAAAAUAGAGAGAGAGAAAGAAAAAGAACGAGGAGACGACGUUGGCGGUGCUUUUGAUGCGAGCAACACGUUGAUCAAAAUGCAUGUUCGUAAAGGAAAAAUAUUCGCUGUACGCACAUAUACAUUGCGUUCUCAAUGUCUACGUUUUUCUUUUCCGUGCCACCAAUCGAUUCAGAUGUAUUUCUAGAUAAUCGGACGCACGAGCUCACUCAAAGUAAAUCCAACAUUAUACUACCUCAAUGCUGAAGUGCGGUGGUACUUUUUAUUUCGCGGAUACGAGUCAAAUUGAUUCGUCGUCAUGCCUGUCCGUGAUUCGUGCGCCGCAAAUUGUAAUUUAUGUAUAUUUGUAUGCGAACGACCGUAAGGAUCGUAAUGACCUGUAAUUUCGCUCGCUGUGCAUAUAGUGGAUGUAAUGUAGUUAUCUUGAAAACGACGUUACUUUGAUAGAUACAUGUGAACGCUUAAUUUGCGCGGAGCAGCGAUGAUGAUGCUUCUGAAACAUGUACAUUAUGUGCAAGCUCGAGUCAACAGGAAUAUUUUUAGCUUCUGGUUUCCUCUGUAAUGAUAGAGAGGAAGGACCGAUAGAGAUUCGCGUGUAGCAUUAAUAUUAAUAACGAUUAUGUAUAAAUGAAUGUGCGAGACUCUGCGUUCGUCUGCGUUUUACAGAACCUGGCCGUCUCUCCCCUUCGGAAGAGUCUGCAGUAAACUGUAAAUGACUGAACAUUAUUUUUAACGUGUGUUAGUUAAUAGCGUUUAUGGACAUUCCAAAAAGACCUUCCAAAAAAAAAGCAAACGAAGUAAUCGCACCUCAUAAUCACACCGCGUACAUACGUACAUCAUGGAUUAGUAUACAUAGCAGCUUCGACGCCUUCUUUGUAUUUAAAUAUAAAUGUGUAUACAUAUAAAUAUAUGAAGAGUAUCGCAAGGUCCAGCUUCUCCGACUGGCUGGUACCGACUACAGCUGGAACAGAGCGGUGUCGAAUAAGCAGGAUUAAGUACGCUUGUGCGGACGAUUCGUUUCGAUGCGUUACGUUUUCCUUUUCUCGAGAUCGUUACCUAAUGCUGCUUUGUCUUGCUCUAUUAUUGAGUCUAUUGUGCCACGUCGGUUCAGUUUAAUUCGAUUUGAUUGCAGUUUUUACACCGAUUCACAUAUUGUCUUCAGCAAUACUGGAUAGAAUGUUCGAUUGUGUUGGAGCUCGACGUCGCACGUAAUCGAUUCAUCCUGCGCGCUUUCAAACACAUAAUCAUCAUCAUGUAAAAGUCCUGAUCAUUGCUUCACGUACAUAUCAUAAGACCAUGCCGAUUCAGCGACCUGUAGUCUCCCUGUAGCGACCGAUCAAGAGUAAUUAAAGUAAGAAACGCAGCUUCCCCGCUUUGAAUCCCUCUCGAUCACUCAGUCAUCGGUCGAGAACUGGCGGAAGAGAUUUCCAGUUAUUUCGAACAUUUUGUACGAUAUAUAUAUAUAUAUAUAUAUAUAUAUAUAUAUAUAUAUGUUGAGUGUGUUAUUAUAUACUGCUAGAGAGAGAGAGAAAAAGAGAGUGUACAUAAAUAUGCGCGCACACCUGCGCACAUACGAACAUACACGUACACACACACAUACGUACACACGAAUUAUUUAUUACAAUCCUGCAAUUUCCAACCAGUCUAGGCAACCAUUGCGGUGAAUACUAUAAUAUAUACUAGUUUGAAAGAAUAGUUUAUCGAGUCGUUAUUGAAUGUUGCAUAACGCUUCAUUUCAAGAUAAAAUCGAUAAUGAGAAAAUCGGCUAAUGUGUCGAGCUAGCUGAGUCAUUUGCGAAAUUUUCCUAAAGUUUCCUUCUUUCGAAUGACAUGUGAUUGGUAUAGGCAUUCAAGUGGCAAGAAGCUCUGUGUGUAUAUAAAAAUAUACGCAUACGCACGCAGAUAUUUAUAUAUACACAUUUAGUAUACGUAAGAAAAAGAGAGAGAGAGAGAGAGAAAGAAAGAGAGAGUACAACGUUUUUGUCAUAAUAUGUACAAUAUAUAAUUCGUAUAUAUAUUAAAUAGAUUGAUAAUUGCUUUUUUGCAUAAUCCACAGUGCGAUUGAUGUUUUUCUAACUGUAAAUCAAACGUGUAACAUAAGUUUCCAUUAAAGAUCGUCGGGCAUUAAAUACAAUACAAAUCGCACAGGGAAAAUUGUACUAAUUUCGAGACAGACAGGCUCGUCUUGCCCAGGACUACCGAAGAAGGCAUGGAUUGAUUAAUUCGACGCGGGGUUACUCUCGAAAUUAAUAAUUGAAGACUAAAUUUAUAUAGAAAACGGGCUCAUUUUAAUAUAGAUAGAGAGGGAGAAUUGGAGUAACAUUUAGUAUACGAGGAACAUCGAUCGUGAGAUAACGCGAUCCGAGUCUAACACAUUACGUUAAUACAACAAUGUACAUCUAGUGCUUAUGUUUAAGGAACAGAGCGCGACACGGCCAUACAGGCUCGCAUUUCACGCUCGAUGUUUCUCCACAACGAAUGCCUAAAGUUUCGUUCGUUACGUAAUAAUGUUACCUGUGCAUCGCAUAGGUAAUUGUGCCACUAGAGUAUAAUUAAUUACAAUGACGCCGUAAACGAGGCGAGGGGCGACGCGUUUCCUAAAUGUGAAAUAGGAUAUAACUGAUAGUUGUACAAUAUAUGAGACACGGUGCACAAAAAGCGAUUCUUGUUAAACGUUGGAUGAGCAAAACGACACAUAGACACGGCACAUGUACACAUAUACACAUACACUGUGCGUAGUUAAUUAACAGAUUUUUCUGAUCUUCCUUUAUAAACGUGUCGAGAUACGCAGAGUCACAAAGUUGCUAUAGCUCGAGGAGGACGAUUUGUCGAUAACACACGAGGAUUUUAUACAAAUUUUACAAAUAAGUAUAAAGAGAUGUCUAAUAUUGAUGUGAGACUAUUCUAAAUUUUACAAUAACGAUGAUAACGAUGUCAUUUCGGCACCUCUCUCUCGUUCAUUCGUAGUUCGAGCGUUUACCGUUUCAUUUAUUUCGACGAAUAACGCACAUUUUGUGAACGAUAGAAAUUCCGUUUUUCUGAGACGAAUAAUUAAUAUAUAUAUAUAUAUAUUAAUGAUAAAUAAAUAAAUAAAUAAAUGGCGAAGUAAGACCAAUCCCCUUUCUAAUGUAUCGUGACACGCGUAAUGUAUUAUGUAAUGAUUCUGCAUAUACGAUAUUUAUGAUAAAGAAGCUAUAUACACGAGACUUACAGUAGUAUCCAAAGAGUGUACAGAUGCACUACGCGGCGUUGUGUGAAUAAUUUGUAAUAUUUUCUUUAAAAAUUACUUGCAUCAUGUACUUCGCGGUGAAAUUCUAGGACGACGCGGUUCGCGGGGAACACGGCAGUUUCCACCAAUAAUUGUGACGACGUUGACAAUGGGGAAUCGGUGUGAAGGAGAAAAGGGAAGAGACAGGAAGCGAAUCAGACCUUCGUCAUAUUUAUUGCGAGAACAAUACAGUAUAACGAAAAUGCGCGUCGAUAUGCGAUUCCGAUUAAAGUGUCCAUUUUAGAGAAAACUGUCGAGAGUUGUUUCGAGAGUUGUUGGAAUCAUAGAAAUCGAUGCACAUUAAAGAGACUAUAAAGGAGAAUGAUCCUCUGAUCAUUCCUAUUAUCUUGUUUUUUUUUACCACUUUCGACAGCUCUUUAAUGAACAGUUUUAAGAUUAGCAUUCCAUGUCAUUAUUCAAGAAACAGCACACAUUUGUAAAACUAAAAAGAAAUGCACGCGAUGAAGGCAUAAAGGAUAAAGUGUGCAUUUCUAUAUAAAAUAUAAAAUAAAUUUACACGAAAGAGGGAGAGAGAAAGAAAGAGAGGAGCAGAGAGCGAAAGAGAGAAAGAUUCAAAGGCUUUAUGCGAGUAAAUGUGCAGAAGCGUGGUUUACAAGAUAAUUCCUAGUUAUCUGAUUAACGUUUGUCAACAUACGAUCAUCACUAUCGCUAUGGUUGUUACUAUUAACUUCUAUUAUUAUUACUAUGCAACUACUACCGAUAUAUAUAUAGUAUUAUCGUUAUCUUAUUACUAUACAGAAAACUUUAACGCUACCACUAUUAUCAUUAUAAAUUGUCCUUGUAAUUUUUAUAUGCCAAGUGUAUACUUUAGUAAGUUAACGAAGAAGACAAUGAAGGACAAGCCGCGCAGUAAAUGUAACAUAACGCUCGUUCGAAUGGAAGAGAAAAGAACUAACGUUAACUGAGCUAUGAGAUAUAAAUAUUGUAUAAGAGGAUUAAUAAUAAUGACAAUUAUUAUCAUUAUUAUAAUUAUUAUUAAUUGCUUGAACAAAAUCGUGAGCUAGCUGCCCACUUGUUCAUGAGAUUGACGCGAGAAGACUUAUUGUUGUAUAGAUAUUUCGUCAUAUUUAUAAUAUUUUUGUUUUACCACAUUUAUUCAAAGUAUCAUUCUGUUGUUAUCAUUUAAAGUCGGUUCCUGUCUCUCCAAAAUCGUCGAAAACGAUUUUAAUGUAGAAAUGCUGAGAAACUGUCUUUUUAUCUUCAAUUUUCUCUUUUUUGCAGUUGACAUAUAUUUUUAUUCUAAAUAUUAUUCUGUUGUUAUCAUUUGAAGUCGGUUCCUGUCUCUCCAAAAUCGUCGAAAACGAUCAUUUUAAUGUAGAAAUGCUGAGAAACUUUGUCUUUUUAUCUUCAAUUUUUUUCUUUUUUUGCAGUUGAUACAUAAUUCUUAUUUUCAUCGCUUUUCACAUAUCAUGAUGAAUAAUAUAUGUUUUUCUUUAAAUUUAUUUGAAUACAUAACUUCACAAUCAUGCAGUACACGUUUUCUAGAUAGUGGUCCGCAUUUGCGCGUUCCAAAACUCUACGAAAAAUGUAUACUAACCUUUCUACAUAGAUGAGUUUAAUUUAAUUUAAUUUGUAUAAACAAGUACUGUUUAUUUCUUGAUUUAUAACGGCGAUUCUUGAGGAAAUAGGAUCAAAAAGAAAACGAAUUAGCGUAUAAUAUAAAUGACAUUAGCUACUACAUCGUUUAUAGCACAUCAGAGAAAUGGAUUGACAGAUAUCAGCUGACAGACGUGUCGCAGUACAACUGUGUUGGAUGCCAGGUUUUAUACUUUUUAUUUGCAGUAAUUUUGCUUGAUGCAACCGCGAAUGAGGUAAAAAAAAACCAAAGAUGAUGACCGACGUAGGCGAAGCUGAAGCGGCAGAGAUUCGCUCGAGAACCGAGAAGCAAGAGAGUAUUAUUCAUUCCUCGAUAGCGAAGAUACGUUGGAUUUUUCGGAGGCGGCAGAAAAGUUGGCCGAUGGUCUCUUGAGCAUUUAUCAGCCUCCAUUAGAACAAGUUAAGAAGGAACUGUUUGAAUUAAC